AUUCUGAGUAUUUGUAGCACCAUUUCAGCUCCCACAGAAUUUACCCUUCACCACCAUCUCCCCUUUUCACCGCACCUCCAAAAUCUUCAACAUGGUCUCUUCUAGCGUUCUCGGUUUCCCUCGCAUUGGUGCCAAUCGUGAGGUGAAAAAGGCCGUCGAGGCUUACUGGGCAGGCAAAAUUUCUGCCGAUCAGCUCACGCAGGCUGCGGCUGACGUGAAGAAGACCAACUGGCAGAGCGUCAAGGCCAAGGGUGUUGACUUCGUUCCGAGUGGCGAGUUUUCGCUUUACGACCACGUUCUCGACCACUCGGCGGCGUUCAACGUCAUUCCCAAGCGCUACGUUGGUCAGGGUCUCUCUCCCCUGGAUGUUUACUUUGCCAUGGGUCGUGGCCGUCAGGCUGAUGGCGUUGAUGUCCCUGCUUCGGAGAUGAAGAAGUGGUUUGAUUCCAACUACCACUUUGUCGUACCCGAGUUCUCGGGUGAGACUGAGUUCAAGCUGAACUUCAACAAGGCUGUCGAGGAGUACAAGGAGGCGAAGGCUCUCGGCGUCGAGACUCGCCCCGUCGUCUUGGGCCCUGUUUCUUUCCUCGUCCUCGGCAAGUCGUCUAAGGAGGCCAAGCCAGGAUUCCAGCCCAUUUCCCUUCUUCCCAAGCUCCUGCCCGUCUAUAAACAGCUUUUGGCUGAUCUCAAGGCUGCGGGCGCUGAGUGGGUCCAGGUCGAUGAGCCCAUCCUCGUCCUCGACAAGUCUGCUACUCUUGAGAAGGAGUUCAUCUCAGCAUACACCGACCUUGCUCCUGUCGCCCCAAAGAUCCUGCUUACCACUUACUUUGGACGCCUUGGUGCUAACGUGAAGUUUGUCGCCAAGCUCCCCAUCGAUGGUCUCCACAUCGAUCUUGAUCGUGCCCCUGCUCAGCUCGAGGACGUCCUGGCCGCCAUCAAGCCCACCAACAUCGUUCUUUCCCUCGGUGUUGUCUCCGGCCGAAACGUCUGGAAGACUGACUUCCAGGCCGCUCUCAAGCUCGGCCAGAAGGCUGUAGAGGCCAUCGGUCAGGAUCGUGUCAUCAUCGCGACCUCCUCUUCCCUUCUUCACACUCCUGUCACCCUCGAGAACGAGAAGAAACUGACCGAGGAGCAGAAGGACUGGUUCUCGUUUGCUUUGGAGAAGGCUGCGGAAGUUGCCACCAUCGCGAAGGCUCUUGCUGGCUCUCAGGCCGCUGAGGUUGCCAAAGCGGUGGAGGCCAACAAGACUUCUAUUGCCAAGCGCCGUGAAUUUGAGCGUACUUCGGACGAUGCUGUUCGCAAGCGGGUUGCCGCGAUCACCCCCGAUAUGCUUGAGCGCAAGAGCCCCUUCGCCGUCCGCCAGCAAGUGCAGAAGAAGCACCUUGACCUCCCGAAGUUCCCUACGACCACCAUCGGAUCUUUCCCUCAAACCAAGGAAAUCCGAGCGGCUCGUGCCAAGUUCACCAAGGGCGAGAUCACGGAGGAGCAGUAUGAGGACUUCCUCAAGAAGGAGAUCGAGAGUGUCGUCCGCUUCCAAGAGCGCAUCGGUCUUGACCUCCUCGUCCAUGGCGAACCUGAGCGUAACGACAUGGUGCAGUACUUCGGUGAACACCUCAACGGCUUUGUCUUCACCCAGAAUGGAUGGGUUCAGAGCUACGGUUCCCGCUACGUUCGUCCUCCCAUCAUCGUUUCGGAUGUCAGCCGUCCUGGUCCCAUUACCGUCAAGUGGAGUAGCUACGCCCAGAGCGUCACGAAGAGCCCAAUGAAGGGUAUGCUGACUGGACCUGUCACCAUCCUCAACUGGUCUUUCCCUCGCGCGGAUGUCUCCCGUGAGCUCCAGUCCAAGCAGCUCGCUCUUGCUCUCCGCGACGAGGUCAUCGAUCUUGAGAAGGCCGGCAUUCACGCCAUCCAGGUCGAUGAGCCCGCCAUCCGUGAGGGUCUUCCUCUCCGCCGCGUUGACUGGGACAACUACCUCAAGUGGGCCGUUGACUCGUUCAAGCUCGCCACCGCCGGCGUUACCGAUGCUCUCCAGACUCACUCUCACUUCUGCUACUCCGACUUUGACGACAUUUUCCCCUCCAUCCAGCGCCUUGACGCUGACGUCAUCUCCAUCGAGGCGUCGAAGAGUGACCUCAAGCUCUUGGACACCUUCAAGCAGUACGGUUACUCCAACCAGAUCGGCCCCGGCGUCUACGACAUCCACUCCCCCCGUGUUCCCGGAGACCAGGAGAUCCGUGACCGUCUCCAGGCCAUGCUCAAGACCCUCCCCGACUCUCUCGUGUUUGUCAACCCCGACUGCGGCCUGAAGACUCGUGGCUGGAAGGAAACCGAGGCCUCCCUUGCUAACCUCGUCUCCGCCGCCCGCUGGGCCCGCGAGACCUACGCCUGAACGGCAUCUCCUUGCGCUUCAACAGCGUCCACAUUACGGUUAACUUAUCAGACAGCUCUCAACAGAACAGCAGCUGCUGUGUCUUGACCUUGGGUGGUAGUUGCGGCGAGAUGAUGAUUCGGUCCAUUCGGGUGGCCACUAUCGGUGCUUGCGGGGACCAGAGAAAAUUGCUUGGCUGGUUAUGCUUAUGCUGCGCGGGUUCCCGACUCGUCGCGUCCUGCGGUGGGAGCGAGGAGGCAGGCGGCGUCGUCGGGCGCGCAUAUCGUUCAGCGUGGUGCGGUCGUAUUUGCGUAGCAGUUGUUCGGAUUUCAACAAUCCACAGAAGUAUCCCCCAAUAAAUUGUAUUGCAUGCCUUUUUCGAAAAUCACUCAACCAAUGUUCCGUGUGUGUUCUAGUACAUACGAGGAUAAUACAACAGUCGUGAAUAGGCAGGGGUAAAAUAACAGAAGCGGCGACGCCGGGAGCCAGUCCAGAGAGUUUCUACCGCUGAUAGAUGACGGGACUAGAUAUCGCACAGGUAAACGUACAAUAAGAUCGACCGACCGACGCACGUCAGCGCGGCGGCACCACCAUCUCCUCCUCGAUAUAGAUAGACGGCGUGUGGGUGCCCGCGCGCACAUGGGCGUGCUCGCGGCCGUCGCGGCCGUCGCGGCCAUCCUCGCUGCACUCGACCGUGCUCGCGACGUCGACGCUCGCGCGCCGCGCCCCCUUUUCGUUCAGGCCAUCGGUCGAAGUCGACGGGCGCGGCGGCUUCUCGCGGGAGCCGACGCGGCUCACGGACGGCGGCAGCAGCAGCUGGCCGCCCUCGCCCUCGCCCUCGCCGCCCGCGCCGCCUUCCUCGUCCUCGUCGUCCCCGUCCUCCUCCACAGGCGCGCGCCCGUUCUGCGCGAGGGGCGGGUACUCCCCGCUCCGCUCGCUCUUCGCGCCCGGCGCGUUCGCGUCCGCAACGCCGACGCCGACCCCGUUCGCCUCGGCGGCGGCGACGGCGGCGCGCCUGCUCCCGUGUCUCCCCGCGCGCUUGUCUCCGUCCAUCGCGAGCGCGGCGCGCAGGCAGCUCUCGACGCGCGCGGUGCGCUUCGUCUGCUGCCCGCCGCGCCAGAUGAACACGCCGGAGAAGAUGCCGCAGAGGAAGCUGAGCGGGAUGAGG